AUGACAACAAGUCAGCAAGCAAUCGAACCAAAUGACAUAGUUCUCCCGUUCAUCUACCCCGACACACUCAAGAACGGCUUGACAGUAGUUGGAGCCACACAACUGCUGGUCUCAAAGUACUUGUCAUACUUGGCCAACAUUAUAAUGACGAGAGCAAUCAAGAUGAACCGACAAGACAUACUCGGAAAAGUUGGCGAUUCAAUAUCCCUACUUCUACACCCACUUGACCAAGGUGCACCACUAUCCAUUGAGAACAUACCCACCAUCAUUCACAACUCAUGUACUUCUGCAUACCGAGCAACGACCGGCGGUGUGUUUGCGGUAUGGGACAAGUGGCAUCAAUUGAUCAAGAGGAUGGUACCAGCAAACAACAACGAAACAGAUCAGGCAGACCACACGGUCAACAAUCCCCAGGAGUUGCGGGUGGCAUAUCACAAGAUGUUGAAUGGAUUCAAGGCCGUCCUUCACGACCAACCAGUGAUAAUACCGGUGCACGUGGAACAGAGACAAGCCUGGUUGGACUUCGUUGACUUUGUUAUACUGUGUUUGGAUGAUGAGCAUUCACUUCCAGGAAGUUGGUUGUUCAAUUGGACCAAGGAAUUCGCCUCACACUUCAACACAGUGAUGGAGACUGUCAACUCUCAAUACUCACAACAGCAGCAAAUACAACAAUAA